AUGGGGAAGAGAUCCGUUCAUCGUCAACUCAACUUCGACUUCGCCAUGACGAAGCCAUCAUCUAAGACGGAGGUGGAGCCAUCUCAUGUGAUACCGGUCACAUUAGAUGACUUUGAAGGAGAGGAUCGCAAAGAUGUCCAGGAAUACAUCACCGAGCUCACACGGGAGGCGUUGAUGAGGUUGACUACUAGGACUCGUCAAGGCGUGAUCAUCAAGCCCGGGCCACGUCCUAAGCUCGCUCCCGACGUGGGGGCGACGAUGCCUGGAUGGAAUCUGUUGUCGACCAGGGUAGUGGUAAUCAUCAGCUCCGUGGCACAUCUCGGCCUCGUCUUGUGUGCCGAAGUCCGCCGAAAUAGUGCGACAGGCUUUCGGAUUGUCAUCCUGUGGGUGGCGAACCAGAUGUCACGUUGGGCCCCGACCACCGCGCUGGCCAUGCUGGCCGCCGGACGCACGCCGCAGGAGGAGCAGCUGGUGACGCUCUGGGUGGCGUUCAUGCUGCUACACGCUGGUAUGCCGGACAACAUCACCGCCUACGCCUUGGAAGACGGCGUUCUCUCGUUUCGCCAGAGUGUAAACGUGUUUCUUCAGCUUGUUGGACCUGUGUCACCUGCCUAUAUCCUGCACCAGAAUAUGUUCGCCAUGCCUGGCGACUCCAUGCUGUGGGUCUCCUCGAUCAUCUGCUGUAUGGCCAUCUGCAAAUAUUUGGAGGGGGCGUUUUUCGCGCUGCAGCGUGGCAACCUGGAAAACAUGCGAAGCGAAAGCAAGAAGGAGGUUCCAAGUCGAAGAGUAACAAGCCUCCAAAGUCUAAGGCGUGGCGGCAAACCAGAUAAUGACCAAAUCAUGCUGGUUGCUCAUGGCAAUCUCCAUAUCACCAAGGGUGCCUUCAUCGAUAAUUUGCAAUACGAGCAUGAUGCCCAGCAACAAGAAAUACUCCCGAAAACAUGGGAUGAAAACAAGACACUGUACAAGGUGGUUGAGAUGGAGCUCUCCCUCAUGUAUGACAUCCUGUACACCAAGGCAGCAAUGGUGCACACUUGGGGUGGCUACGCCAUCCGUGUCGCCUUUCCAUUCGCUGGAGCCACCGCGUUCCUGUUGUUCUGGUUCCACAGCAAGGAAGGUCAGCCGACGGCUGACGUCUUCAUCACCUAUAUAUUGCUCGCUGGCACCGUCAUUCUGGAUAUCAUAUGGCUACUCAAAGCAGUGGCUUCGACAUGGACCUAUUCUUUCCUGAAUGAUAGGCCACGAAUCUGGCUUCAUCACGCACUUCUGUGCUCAGGGAAAUGGCGACUGCUCCGUCGUCUCAUCGUCUCAUUGAAUCUAUUUCGGUUCCUUCUCAGUAAGGAGCCAACCAGCUAUAGGAUGUGGUCCGGAACCAUGGGGCAGUACAACAUAUUGCACGAGUGCACUAGUAAUGAUCAAGAUCAGACCAAGACCUUCUUGCUGACGAGGAUAUUCAUCUCAAUAUUGGUGAAGAUUGUUCCAGAGGAUAAUUGUAUGGAGUUCCAAUACCACUACUUGAAGGGCUUUCGUAUGUCAUCAGAUUUCUGCAAGCAUUUGUUCGAAAGUAUAUGGGAAUAUCUUAAGUCAGCGUACCCGCCUACUGUUCCUAUCGAGAAAGCCGACGAAGCCAAACCAGCUGCACCACCGGAGCCGUAUCCAGAUAAAAAAAAAGAGGCGCCGGCACCGACGCCGCCGCUGCCGCCGAAGGAAGCACAUCUACAUCAGCGGGAAUUAGAAGAUGCUCUGAACUUCUCACCUGCAUUCCAAGAGAGCAUCCUGAUCUGGCACAUUGCCACGGACGUCUUCCUCUUAUGCAGCCAUCAAUACUCAUCCUCGUCCAAAGAAGUGCAGGCGAUCAAGGUGUUGUCAGAUUACAUGGUGUUCCUGGUCGCCGUGCGCCCAAAUAUGCUACCGGGCCUUAAGCUACGCAGCCUGUACGAAGCAGUUGGUUACGCUCUAACUAAUGACGAUGAAAUAUUGCCCAAGGAAGAAUAUCACGGUAACUUGACAGAGAAAAAGGUGAAGCUGGCCCAUCGCCUAGUAGAAAUGGAACAGAAGCCAAGCUUAAAGAAUGCGCUGCGCAGCAAAUGGAGACCUGGUGUCAGUGGACACUGGCUCAGGCCAGAAAAGGCAAGUAUUCUUUACGACAAGAAUAUAAUUCUCUCUGACGGAACGAGUUUCGCGCGUGUGCUGCUAAGUCGUAUAGGCCCGAACCCAUAUACCCCGGAUGAUAUAAAUCUUAAUUACACAAGAUAUCAGAGACUUAUAGAUAUGAUUCCUGAAUUGAAAGACGAAAGUAACAGGUUUGAUACAUCGAAAAUGAUGCGCCUUAUCUUCAGAGCAUGGGUGCGUCUUCUGGUGUAUGCAUCCGUGCGAUGCACAAGGGAUUCCCAUGCCAAGCAGCUCGCCUGUGGUGGUGAGCUCACAACAAUCGUCUGGAUUCUUAAUGAACACGCUGGUAUAUUUCGUAUCGACAGCGACAAGGAUGACGACAAGGAUAGACUGACAAGUUUAUAUACUAACGAAGAUCGUUUGUACCUUUGACUGCAACUCACCAAUUAAUUUGUUUUCCUUGUUGAUAACCUAUAUAUAUAGGGUAUGUAUCUCAUUUCUUUUGUAUACUUACGCUCUGUAAUUACCUCACUACACUACUUAAAAAACCAUUUUCGCUUGCCUUCAAUUUAAGUUCACAUGCGGAUAUAAAUUAAAUUGCACAAUG